AUGAUCGCACAAACACCGACCACCCUGUUAUUAUUACACCUCCCCGAUGAGGUCUUGAUUACCGUCUUCAGCUUCCUCGACUUCCGGACCCUGUGCAACGCUACUCUGGUCUCCAAGCACUUUGAUGACCUGGCCGAGCCCUUUCUGUAUCACACGAUCGAGGUGGUUAAUGGCCGUCAAGCCUCUGCCCUGUCUGCCAGUCUACAUGCAAAUCCCCGCCGUGCGGCAUGGGUUCGCUCACUGCUUGUCUCCACCAAGUUUGGAGAGGAUCAAGGCUUAAGCACACUACCGCCGUACAUUUUCUUGAUGCGGAACCUCCAAGAUCUGUGCCUGGAGACGCCCGACUGCAAUGCGAAAUUCCCCGAGGAGCGAGUGGGCUGGGUCAAUCUCCAGGAUAGGUAUGAGCGCAUCUUCGAAGCAGCUUCUGCCGUAAUACCCAACAGCGUCGAGAGAGCCCUGCCGAACUUGCGGAAUUGCACGCUACACUUCGUUGAUGGUCAAAAGGAGAUCUAUUCUAUGACCAAAUAUGCGAUGCUUUUCUUGCACCCGAAUCUGCGGUCGCUGACAAUGUCAUGCGCCAGUACUGACUUUCCCGACCGACUGCUGACCCAAUUCCAAGACGAUGAGGCGCUCGUUGGGUCGACGAAUCUUGAGCACUUGCAUCUCGAAGAAUGCGAUAUCUUCUCCCCUUCCCUGGAAAUCCUGCUGAGUUUUCCUCGCGCGUUGAAGUCGCUCAAAAUCAGCGAAGGCAUCCGCUAUGACGGCAUGUUUACCAGAAGCAGUCGUAUGCACGGUAACGUUUCCCCGGGGACAUUUGUGGAUGCUAUAGCCAAGCACUGUACUCAUUCGCUAGAGCACCUGUCCUUGAGCCUGGGAUACUCGAGACCAUCUCAUCAACCAUUCAAUCAUCCCGGUCAGCACCUUAAUCUGUCAGCUUUUUGUGCUCUCAAGCAACUUGACCUUGAUGUGCGGACAGUCAACCUAAUCAGGGUCCGAGCCGUUUGCGAUCACGCCACGUGGCGCCGACUUCCACCGAAUCUCGAGACUCUCAAAGUGUUUGGUAUUCCCUUGGGUGAUCGACCACCGUUUCACGCUAGGCGACGGGUUUGGUUUCCUUUUGAAACAUGUAUCGCGACCGACAGAGCAAAGCAUGGGGUCCGAUUUCUCAACAACUUGGUGUAUUCCUACGAAUGUUACCGAGAAGAUGACGAGGCCAGGUUGACUUUGUCCGAAGAUGGAGAAACGGUGGAACAAAUCAGCCAGGUUGUGCUCGCCCAGCGUCUAAUGAUCGAAAAGUGCAAAGAACUGCAACCCAUCUUCAAAAAGGCUGGCGUGCGGCUCGAAAUUGAAAUGGUGGCUUUACCGAAUGGAUUCAUCCCACCAUAUCUGUUCACGGAGGAUAAGCCGAGAUACUUCACACUGUGGGAGUCGGUCGCGAAAUGA